UCUGUUACCACGGCUACCACGUGAGAACUGGCACCAUGCGGAAAUGAAACUGAGUGAUGAAGUACAACAAUAACAACAGUCCUACAGGCGCGAUUUAAAGUAAAAAAAUGGGGAUUACAAAGUUAGCGAAUCUUAUUCACUUUGACGCGCCAGACGCUGUGCUCAACAAAGAGAUCGGCGAUUAUUCUGGAAAGAUUAUAGCACUGGAUACAUCUAUUGUGGUGAAUCAGUUUCGCUCUGCUCUGCCCAGUCAUCUGAAGCUAAGUCCUCUCACAGGCUUGUUUUACCGCACGCUUACUUUCCUGGAGCAUGACAUCAAGCCUGUCUUUGUGCUUGAUGGCAGACCACCCGAUCAGAAGAGAGCUGUGCUGGAAAAAAGAGCUCAAAGCACAGGCUGGAACAGCUCACAGAGCUCCAGCACAGUGUCCAAUUUUAAAGAAGACUGCCAGUGUCUCUUACAGCUCAUGGGUGUGCCAUGCAUCAAGGCUCCAGGUGAAGCAGAGGCGCUGUGUGCCCAGCUGGUCAAAAGUGGCACAGUUAAUGCUGUAGCCUCUGAGGACAUGGACACACUAGCAUUUGGAGGAACUGUUCUGCUCCGCCAGCUCAAUGCAAAGAGAGACAGUGAGGUCACAGAGUACUCCUUACCAAAGCUAUUGGAAGCUCUACAGCUGACAUAUAAUCAGUUUGUUGACCUGUGUAUCUUGCUGGGCUGUGACUACUGCGAUAAGAUUGGGGGUCUUGGACCGAGUCGAGCACUGAAGCUAAUUAAACAGCAUCAUACUAUAGAGGGUGUGAUGGAACAUGUCAACAGAAAGACACAUCCAAUCCCUCCAAACUGGCAGUACAAGGAUGCCCGCGAGCUGUUUUUUGAAAUCCCAAAAAUCGACGAGCCUGUCCUGGCCUGGAGUGAACCUGAUGAAGAGGGCCUGGUGCAGUUCCUGUGCAGAGAGAGGCCUUUGAAGGAAGAAAGGGUGCGGGGACGCAUGAAGAAGUUUCGUGAGUCUCUCUUAAAGAGAAGAGAGCAGAGGGAGGUGGAUGAGAAAAUGGGCCAAACUCGACAGUCACGUAUUGAGGAAUUUUUCCGUGCAACACGGAGGAGAAAGGCUGAGGCUGCAGCUGUGGGAGCAUCCAAUGAGAGAAAGCGACAGAAAGUGAAAUAAUAUGGACGCUUUUGAAUUUUGAAUCUUAUGCCAUUGAUCAAACCAUCAUGUGGAACAAAGAGUCAAAAGUAUGAUGGUAUGCAUCUGUUUUAGAUGCUUAAAUUCCUUAGUUUUUUAUUUUGUUCAAAUGGCAACAUAAUGUAAAUCCAGUGCCAAGAAAAUAUUUGUUUUUAAUGUUUUUGUAUCAUGUACAAAAGAAACGUUUAUGUUCGGGAGCCUGUAUUAAAUUACAGAUUACUUCUUUUUAUUUAUAAAAAAAAUAUACUGUGUUUCAUUGUUGCA